AGGGGAAGAUGGAGGAAGCUAAUGGAUUGUUCGAAUUGAUGAUUCAAAGAGGUUUACAGCCUGAUGUGGUGACGUAUAAUAUAAUGAUAAGUGGGCUUUGCAAGGAGGGGAAGAUGGAGGAAGCUGAUGGAUUGUUAGAAUUAAUGAUUCAAAGAGGGUUGCAACCAGACAUAGUUUCUUAUAACACUUUGAUUGAUGGUUAUUGCUUGCUGCAUAGAUUUAAUGAUGCAAAGGAGCUUCUAAUCUCUUUGGAGAGUAAGGGUUGUAAGCCUGAUGGUUUUGUUGUUUUUGGGAGGAUUUUGAGGCGGGGUUUAAGACCAAAUGUUGUGACUUUCACUUCUUUGAUUAAAGGUCUGUGUUUAGAGAAUAGGAGUUUGGAGGCUAUGGAGUUGUUCAAGAAAAUGGCUGUGUUUGGGGUCAGGCCUGAUGCGAUUACAUAUUGGACAUUGAUUAAGGGGUUGUGUCAGACAGGGAACACUAGUGUUGCGCUUAGAUUGCAUGAAGAAAUGGUUGCUGGUAAUGGUGAAGGGGGUGUUAUCUGUAAGCCUGAUAUUGUUUCUUAUGGUAGUAUUAUAGAUGGUCUUUGCAAAGAUGGGUUGGUUGAUAAGGCAAAAGAAUUGUUUUCGGAAAUGAAGGGGAAGAGAAUUAAGCCAGAUGUGGGUGUUUUUAACUCUCUAAUUUACGGUUGCUGUUUUGUGGGAAAUUUGGAGGAGUCUAAAGGCUUGUUUCUUGAGAUGGCAAAUCAAGGUUUGCAGCCUAAUUUACUGACGUAUAAUACAAUGGUAAGUGGGUUUUGCAAGGAGGGGAAGAUGGAGGAAGCUAAUUGGUUGUUGGAAUUGAUUAUUCAAAGAGGUUUGGAAAUUAGAGAAUGCUAUCAGUCUUUACAAGGGAAUGAUUUCAAAGGGAAUUAAACAAACAGUGUUUACAUAUGACACUUCUUUAACCAGUCUUUUUCUAUCAAAUAAAGUUGGAGAUGCACGGAAACUAUUUGAUGAGAUAAAACUUUAUAGUGUCGCACCUGAUUCGGUUGCAUAUAAUAUUUUGGUUGAUGGGAUAUGUAAGAAUGGUGUUCUGGAGGUAGCAAAAUUGUUUUGUACUUGGAGAACUACUAGUUUAAAAUUGCCAGCCUCAUUGAUGGGUUGUGUAGAAAUGGAAUGAUCGAAAUUGCUUUGGAGAUAUUUCACAAGUUGCCUCAAAAGGGCUUAAUGCUAGACGUUGUGACAUAUUCCAUCUUAAUCUGUGGGUUUUGUGAAGAAGUGAAGCUACAAAAGAAAUUACUCCUCGACAGUUCAUCGGAUUCUGCUUUUGGGAUGGAUAUAAUAAAGAGAAUACUGCAGACUGGGCAUCCAAUCAUUCUCAGCUGAUGAAGGAGUUGGGGAGAAUAAAGUGGUUUUGGGUCUCUCAUAUGCACAAAUGCAAGCACAAAAGUUUGAACUUCGAUAACAUGGUAGUGAGUGAUGGAAGUGAAUUAAUUGCUCGUGUUGUGGAAGUCAAACAACUAUGAACACGAUAAUGGUGGCGUGUGUUGUUCUAGUUUUGUCAAAGGCAGUAUAAUGGUUGUGGUGGUGAGUUAUUUAAGUAGCAGUUCUGGUUUUUGGUGAUGUCCGUGAUAUUAUUGAUGGCUCUAAUCGGUGGUAACAUUAGAAUUGGCGAUGCUGGUGGUGGUUCAGAUUAGAUUUGUGUAAAUCUUAUGGAAAUUUUAAAGCAGCAACAUAGAUAUGGUUGAUCAAAAUUACAAUGAUCAACUCCGAAGAAAAAGGAAAACAGAAGGUUUUAACUGUCUAGUGACAUGUAUUAUUUUCGACAUCAUGAUGUUAUCUUUGACCUGUUUUUCAAUCUCUGUUAUCUGACAAUUGAAUUCAGAAGUUGUUAUCUCUGAUCUCUUUGUAAAUUAGGAUUGUUUA